AUGGAUCAGGGCUGCUCAUUGCUCAAAAGCCAAAAAAAAAAAUGGAAGAGUCUCAAGAGAUUCUGCUAAAAUCUUUAAGCAGUUUCGGCAUUUCGAUCCCGGAGAAUGUUUCGUCGUUUAGCGAAUUAACUCCGACGACGUUGAUUUCCCUCUGCUGCCAAUCACUUAACAUCCUCGGAAACAACGAUGACGACGAUGAAAACCACUUCUCCUUCCCCAUUUCAGUUGAAGAUUCUGUCUCCAUCGCCGACAAGUUCAAGAUCUGUUCCGACGUCUCACUGGCUUUUAAGAAUCUGGGUUAUCUUGGUGACAUGAACUAUUACAAGUUCUUGUAUCCAUCAGAAGAGGACUUACAUAAGUUGGUAAGGUUUUUGGUGGAGAAGCUUUCUACUUCAUCUGAAGCUGUAAAAUUUUCUGGGGAAAAGGAUGUUGGGCUGAGACAGGAAUUCAAGGAGGAUAACUUCGGGAAAGUUUCUGAAUCUGUUACACAGAAUUCAGAUAAUGAAGAGGUUGAUCAGAAUCUUCAAAAGGUUGAAGCUAUCUUGAAAGAUCUUAGAGUAGAUGAACUAUCGGAAUCAUCCGAGUUCAAGGCUGGGGAUGCAGCUGUUGUCCAUGACCCUCUUAGGGUGCAUGAUAUACUGCAGGAUGAGCUAUUUAGCGAGUCUACUGCCGAAGUUGUGGAUUCAAGUGGUGCAUCCGGACAUGAGGAAACUGCACAUCAGAAAGAUGAACAUGUUUCAACCUGUCCCAAAGAGACAAACUCCAAGAUACAAUAUGAAGAGGAAGACUUGCUAUGUCAAGAAAAAGCACUAAAGGAGGAAUUAAGUGCAAACACUUUGCAAAUGCAGCAUCUUGAGGAAGAGUUUGAAUUGUGGAAGGCGGCAGCAGAUAUGGCAUUUGAUGAAAAUCAUCCUAUGGAGUUUUUCCCGGAGCAACUUAACAAACGGAUUGAUGCCAAAAAGCAUAAUAUUCUCGAAUUGGAGUUGCAGUGGGAUGCUGUCCGAAAACCUAUUGAAGAGAAAAAAAGAAGUCUUGAGGAACAUCUAUAUGCAAACAUUCCGGAGGCUCAAGAGAAACUCCAAAAGUUAAGAGAAAUCGAGCUAGAAACGCAAUUGACCUCAUCUGAAAUUAGAAAAAGGGAGGAGGAACACUUGAAACUUGCCGCAGACUUCAAGAAGCAGCCCGAGGUGGCAUCUCGGAGAUCCUAUAUCGAGCGGAUAAAAGAGAUUACAAAAAACAGUGGCAAACUCGAUUCUGACAUAGAACGAAUCUUAAGAGAUACUAGGACACUCCAAUUAGAAAGCAAUUCCAUUCAGGAGAGCCUUCAUCGCACCUAUGCUGUCAUAGAUGAAAUUGUCUUCAGAGAAGCAAAGAAAGACACAGACCGGGGACAAGCUUAUAGACUGCUCACAAGCAUCCAUGAUAGCUUUGAGCAAAUCUCUGAGAAAAUUCUCACGACUGACAGAAUUCGAAGAGAAAUAGCUGAUCUUGAAAAGAAACUAGCAGGCGUGUCUUCCCGAAGCUUAAAUGAAGACAAGCUACAAGCUGACCUUGACGCCAUUAUGAAGGAAAAUGAGUAUCUGGAGCAGCAAAUCCAAUACGAUUGAACGUAUCACAGGAAUCCGAUGUUUUGACUUGGGUGUUUGUUCAUUACUUAGUUAUGUGAACUUUGAAGUUAGACAGGAAAAGCCUGUAUUUUUAUAAUGUUCGGAAAGCAAUAAUUACAAACCAUGUUUGGUUUCUACCAAAUUUCAGAUA